UUUUUCCGCCCCUUUAACGACACGUCUCGCGCUCUCUCUCGCUCUCUCAUCAAUAAAAACCCUCCUUCGGACCUUCUCAGCUCUCAAAAACCUCACUCUCUCCGAUAUUUCGGGUUUUUUCUGUCAUAAAAGAAGAUGUGUGGCGGAGCGAUCAUAUCGGAUUUCAUUGCUCCGAGCCGAUCGAGGCCACUGACGGCCGACUACCUGUGGCCGGAGCUGAAGAAAAGAGCGGGAAAUUACCACUCGAAGCCGUUGAGACCUGGAGUCGUCGAUCUGGUAGAUGAUUUCGAGGCCGAUUUCCAGGAUUUCAAGGACGACUCAGACAAUGAUGAAGAUCAAGACGUCAAGCCAUUCGCAUUCCCCAUGUUCGCUCCUUCUCGAGAAGGAUCUAUUACAUCAAAAUCAGUGGAAUUCAAUGCCCCAGAAGAGGGAUCUGUGAAAAAGAAGAGAAAGAAUCAAUAUAGAGGAAUCCGCCAGCGCCCGUGGGGAAAGUGGGCUGCUGAGAUUCGAGACCCGAGAAAAGGAGUUCGGGUCUGGCUUGGAACCUUCAACACUGCUGAAGAAGCUGCAAGAGCUUACGAUGCUGAAGCCCGUAGGAUCCGAGGCAAGAAGGCCAAGGUGAAUUUCCCCGACAGAGCCCCUGCUGCUGAGGUUCAAAAGUGCCCUGCGAAACCAAUAUCUCAGAAAGUAUCACCACUGCCGAAAACAAACUCAUCCGAGAAGCCAAAUUUCAAUCAGGCCUUCAGUUUCGUCAACAACCCAAGUCAGGGUUUCUACGAUGCUUUUGGGUUCACGGAAGAGAAGGAACCCAUUAAGCCAUCUGGGUAUCUGGGUUCUUUUCCCGUGGCCAGAAAUCCAAUGGAAUUCAAAUCAUUUGUGCCUGUCGGUGGGGGAGGGAUGUCUUUCCACUCAGAUCAGGGAAGCAAUUCCUUUGGCUCUUCGGAUUUUGGGUGGGAGCGUGAUUCCAAGACUCCGGACAUCUCAUCUGUUCUUCCUCCCACCUUGGAGGCCUAUGGCUCUGAAUUUGUAGAGGACAUGAACCCGAAGAAGAAGCUGAAGAACAAUUCUGAGAAUGCUGUACCAGUUGAGGAGAACGUGGCAAUAAAGCUGUCUGAAGAGCUGUCAGCGUUCGAAUCUUGCAUGAAGUUCCUGCAGAUCCCUUAUCUGGAGGGAAGUGCGGACCCAUCGAUUGAGAGCCUCAUCGGCGGCGAUGUGACUCUGGAUGGUGGUGGUAGCUCGAUGGAUCUCUGGAGCUUUGACGACCUGCCGGUGGCCAGCGGUGUCUACUGAGGAUGCUGUUUCUGGUUGCUGGUGUUCCUGUAAAUAACAUAAAAUGUUGGUAAAAACUCACCGCACUUUCAUUUCCAAGGGAAAUAUUCAUAGUCCAAUCCAGCGUAUUUCUGGGGCCGAUCUUUCGGUGAAUCCAAACCGUCCGUAUGGUAAUGGUGGAGAGAUAACCCCAAAAACCUCUCCAUCGAGUGAUCCUAUUUGUUUGAUUGGUUCAUGGUAAAUUUGGACUAUUGGUUAUAAAUCAUCCAUUUCCAUCAGAGUACAUGGGCCACUGCAAUAUCGACUGCAUGGUUCGCUGAAAGACCGACGGACGGCCGCUGGGAUCGAACAAAGGAAGGUGGGCCCUUCCUGUUCUUUGUUUCGUGCUUGAAAGGAGAUGUCUUUCUUUCUUUCCUUGGUGUUACAGGAGUGGAGUCUAUGGAGAUGGUGGAGGGAUAAAUGGAAGAGAGCAGAUGCUUCAGCUAUGGAGAAAUUUCAAUCAGUAUGGUUUGAUGGAGGUAUAUUAAAAGAGAAUAGGUAUAUAGUUUCUAGAAUCCCUAGUUUGUUUGGAAUUUGUUUCAAUCAUCAGUACUUGAAUUUGAAUUUCCUUUUCAUGUUUUAAGACUAUAUGAUAUGAUAUAUGUAUGUAUAUGAUAUCCAUAUGUAUCGUGGAGCUUGAGACUCAUGAAUAAUGCUUCUCUUCUGCA